AUGAAGUUCUCAACAAUCGUCACCGUCUUGGCCUUGACGUCUGCUCUCGCCAUCGUGAAUGCAGAUUCCACCAACAAUCAGAAGGGAGGGGCCAUUAUCGAUGCCCAGCUCGCCAACAAUAACAACCAACAGCAACAGCAGGGUACCGUCGGCGUCGGUGUUUUUAUCAAGCGCUUGGUUGACUCUGCAAUUGGUACCGAGGACACUGCUCCUGACGCCCCUGAUUCAACUGAGGAGGUCAGCCCUGACGCGCCCGACCAGGCUCAAGACCUUUUUGCCAUCCUUACCGUUGAUGCUUCCAUCGCCGAGAAUCCUACCACCUCCAGUGCUGCUGCUACUGCUGCUCCUGAGCCUGAAGAAGUCAACAACGAGGAUGAGGAUGAUGGCGAUGACGAGGAAGACGAUGUCAAAGACGGUGAGGACGAUGAGGGUGAUGAUGAUAACGACGCGGAUGUCGUUGAAACCAACUCCAACGUUGGCGCCGACCUUGCUGCUAGGGAUGUCGUGACGACCGAGAAGGCUGCUGCCCGACAGGCUGCCAUUCUUGAGGCCGAUGCCCGUGAGGAGAUGGAGAACGAGAUUGCUCCCAAUAACCAUGAUGAGGACGAAGAGAAUGACGAUAAGGAUGAGGAUGGGGAUGGGAAUGAGCAUGAAGAUGAGAAUGAGGGUGAGGAUGAAUACGAUGGCGAGGAUGAGAAUGGUGAUGAAGCUGAUGUGAACGACGAAGAAGAUGACGAGGCCGAGGGCUCCGCUAUCACAUUCGAAGUGGAUGAGGCCUAUGAGACUGGUGAGGCCGAUCAGGCUACCCAGGGUCUUGCUAUUACCUUCGAGGAGGGUGAGGCCGAUGAGACUGGUGAGGCCGAUCAGGCUGCCCAGGGUCUUGCCAUUACCUUCGAGGAGGAUGAAGCCUAUGAGAAUGGUGAGGCCGAUCAGGCUGCCCAGGGUCUUGCCGUCACCUUCGAGGAGGAACUCACAGAUGAACAGGAGGAAGCCCAAUAUGAAGCACCUGUUGACAGGGAGGAAGCCCAAGAUCAAGCACCUGCUGAGGAGCAGGCACCAGCUUUCGACGAACAAGCAUUCGAGUCCGUACCAGAGGUUCCACUUCUGAAGCGCCACCAUCACCACAGCACCAAGCACCACAAGAGCAAGAAGAGCCACCACAAAAAGCACCAGCAGUAA